AUGUCGAAGUUGAUUGGAUUGGCAUUCACUGCAGCAAUUGGGAUCACAUUCUUACUUCUAGGAUGUGCCCUUCCACAAUUCAACAACUGGUGGCCUAUGUUUGUGCUGUUCUUCUACUGCCUGUGCCCAGUACCGACAGUUAUUGCCAGACGACUGGCCAGCAGUUUUGACUCUGCAAGCAGUGCAUGUACAGAGCUGAGUAUCUUCGUCACGACGGGCAUCGUGGUGUCCUCCAUAGGGCUACCUGUCAUACUGGCACACACUGGGAUUAUUCAGUGGGGAGCGUGUGGCUUGGUGCUGUCUGGGAAUGUGAUUGUGUUUCUCACAAUAUUGGGCUACUUUUACGUAUUUGCUGGCGAUGAUUUUGACUACAGCAUGUGGUGAUACCUCUGCAAAGGGAGAUAACCACAUUUUGUUAAGUUAUAAAACCUCGGUGCAUUAAUGAACACUUUACAUCAGUGCUCAAACAAAAGUGAGAAAGGACUAAGACCUUUAACCCAGCGUACCCAGAGUACCUUCAUGAGAAAUAGAAUAGCCCUUACCCACAGAGCCGGAGCAGUCUAUUCAUAAUGAAGGUUGAGGGAGGGAUGUAAAUGUUAUUCAAGCUUUGAUAUACUAAUUUGUAAAUAUUGAUAUUCUGAGAGAAGAGAUAUAUGAACUAUAUACU